AUUUAAACAUAUAUAAUUAUUUUGUGGGUCUAAAGUUUUCUGCUAUAUCGACACUUGUACGAGAGAAUGAACAACGAUCAGCUGAUAACAGUCACGUUGUCAAUAUGACUGAAGAACUGUCAGGAGUGACAAUUGUUGUGUUCAUAGCUGCUGGUGUACUGACUUUUUUACUUUUAUUUAUAUUUGCCAAGCGUCAGAUUAUGAGAUUUGCACUGAGAUCUAGACGAGGACCUCAUAUUCCCAUUGGACAUGACGCUAAAAAAUCUUUAAAAAGAGAAAUUGAAAGAAGAAUCCAAGUAAUACCUAGAAUACAAUAUGAACCGCAAUUGAUUAGCGAUCCGAGGUAUAUUAUGGAACCAGGAAGUCAAGUGCCACCACAUUAUUAUCGUUUGAAAGCCGUCGAUGAUGUUAAGACACUUGAAUCAGAAAUAACAAAAUAUGACAGUUGUUUAAAACGUCAUCCGACUGAAAACUUGCGCGCUUAUUUACUGACAACAUUAGCGGCCGCAUUGAACGGCAGCGGACAGCGAAUGAUACAUCAGUUUUGUGAUUUGUAUGAACAUGCGAGACAUGACCCGACUGAGUUUACUGAUGAGGAGUAUCAAGUUUAUUCUAGACUGCACUUGAAACUCAUUGACGCGGCGCGGUUAUUAAAAUCGUAUCCCAGCAGUAGAAAGUCGAGCCCGAGCCGGACGCCGAUUAAAAAAAAUGUCGAUUCAAAGAGAAAUAUUUUGGAGCCACGAAUGAGGCCACCAGAGGAACAAGUUCUCAGCGGAUCCCGGCCAAAUACUUUGACAGUGAUGGCGCUGGACAAUACGGAAACGUCCGUCUAGC